GUAAAAAUUUACCUCUUUGGCGUUUUAAAGCUACAGCCGUGGUAAAUUUCGCUUUUCACCGCUGGAAACCCUAAAGAAGCUUCAGAUUCCGUACAUGUCUCUUUUUCUGCUGAUAACAGCUAUAAGUAGCGUCCGAGAACCUGAAUUACGUUUAGAAGUAUACGUCACCUGCAACCCUCUAAAAAAGGCUAUUAAUGAGGUUAAAAAUCCGUAUUUUCAUAUGAAUACCCAUGUAAAAAGCUCUAGAUGCGUUAAAUUUCCCUUUUUCCCCCUUCUCCCAGUUGAAAACUCCAUGAGAAACGUUGGGAUCUCCAAAACACGGUUGAUAAACAAGGCGAACAUUGGUUUUUCCACUUCUGGUCGAGGGAGAAACACAAUUUGAGACGAUCGGCAUGCUUUGAGUGUUCUUACCAUCUCGAGCCUUUGGAUUAGUUUGCUGGUAAAAAAAAUCUGCAAUUGAAGGGGUAAAAACAGUAGAACUGUGAAUUCGGGUGUUUUAAGAUUUGAAGGCACGGGGACAUUAGUAAUCGCUUUAUAUCAGAUGGUGAAUUUCAGUUCAUUUGGGCUGUAGUUUAGAUUCUUAGUUGUCUUUUCACAAGCGGGUGUGAACCCCAAACACAAUAGUAGAUUGGAUCUCAACGGAUUACAGUGGUUUACAGUGGUCAGGGUUGUAAAAAUAUUUACUGUGGUAAAACAGUAAAAUUCGGUUUUACUAUGUAAUCAUUCAAGAUGAUGGGUUUAAAAGGAGGAAAAGGGCAGUUCUUUGGAGGAGAAAAGCAGGGUGAAGUUUAGAUGGGCACUGUCAAAGCAGGCAGUGGCUAUGCUUGAAGGGAGCUUUAAAAAUUGGAAAGGCUGUUCUUGUGGAAGAGCUGUGAAUGUUUUGAUGCUUUAGCAUUUUGGUUGUCGCUAUAAAACACUCCAUUUCUUGUGAGGAGGAGCUUUUUACUCAUCUCUGUCUUGGGUAGAGAGAAUGGUGAAGCUCAUGGUUGGAAAGUCAUUGAAGGGGGGGUGAGUUCUUUCUGAUUUGAUAGCGUGGUGUUCUUAUUCUCAGCUAAAUUGGAGGGGUGAAGAGCAUGAUGUGGAUGGCUUAGAGCUUGGAUGUUGAUUUAGGUCAGGUUGAGGUUUCGACGUAGCAUAUUGCUUUAACGGAAGACGACACUGGCCUGAAAUCAGAAGAAAGAGGUGGUAUGGGUUGAAAGCAAUGGGUUUUAGGGCCACCUCGUUGCUGCUUGGUUGAUUGUGUAUUGAUUAGCUGUGGGAGGUGAACAGGGGGAUCUAACCUGUUCUUGAUCUGCUACCCUACCUGCUGUUAUGUGCUUCUGCUGAAAGCAAAGAAAACAGAUUUUCGUGGUAAGCUUAGUCAUUGGUCAUCAGUGGUAAGGUAUCCUUCUUUUUAUGGGUUUCUUGCUGUGCAGGCUAUCAAUUUUGUUGUUUCUGGUCUUUUCAAUUUCUGGAGAGUUCUCUUCUCCCUUUCUGUUUGAUGGUUUCAGGGUAGAGUUUGGAAUAAGAUCCUGUUACUUCUAAAUAAACUCUAACUCAUGACUAUUUUCCCGUUUUUUUUCUAAUUAAGUCUGGCACCAUCUAGCUGAGACUGGUGCAUCCACGUCCAUGAAAAGAGCAGAACGUGAAGUCUUUUUGUGAGGCAUUUUUCUGCAAUGGAGUGGAAUGCGAAGACUCCACUUUGGGAUUGGGAGAGUCUGAUGGUACCCAAUGGGAGAGUCAGUGAGACUCCCAAGCAGGUACAGCCAAUGGACUGGGGGAUUGAGGGAGAUGGAGGGAUCGAUAACGGCUCCGUAUAUUCACCUGGGGGCGGCCGUUGUUCUGUUUCUGAUUUGGGUAAUGGCUCUUCAUCCAAGAGCUCAAUUUCGGUCUCUGUGGAUUCUUCAUCAAAGAGAGGAGUCAGAGUAUCUGAGUUUAAUCUUCAGACAACAGAAGGUUUUCCUAAAGAUCUUAGUAAAAGGAAAGAAUUGGGUAGGAUGGAGGAUACCGGAACUUCUCCGGAAUUGGUGUCAUCCGUUGGCACAAGCGAGCCUCUGAUUGGUUUAAAGCUUGGGAAGCGUACUUACUUCGAAGAUGUUUGUGCCGGGAGCACUGUUAAGACCUCAUCUUUUUCUGCGGUUCCCACAUCAUCGAACACUUCUAUGAAGAAGUCUAGGGCAUCAUAUCAGAGCAUGCAGACCCCACGCUGCCAGGUCGAAGGUUGUAAUCUUGACCUUACUGCGGCUAAAGAUUAUCAUCGCAAGCAUAGAGUAUGUGAAAACCAUUCCAAAAGUCCAAAGGUCACUGUUGCUGGUCAGGAUCGCCGAUUUUGCCAGCAGUGUAGCAGGUUCCAUGAAUUGGCAGAAUUUGAUGAGAAAAAGCGAAGCUGCCGCAGGCGUCUAUCUGAUCACAAUGCACGACGUCGCAAGCCGCAGACAGACACAAUCUCAUUCAAUUCUGCAAGGCUCCCUUCGUCAUUCUAUGAUGGCAGGCAACAGAUGAACCUUGUUUUGAACAGGCUCCCACUCAUUCACGCAAGGCCUGCUGUGAAUCCUACAUGGGAAGGCUCAUGUGAGUUCAAGUUUGCACAAGCAAAAGGGUCUUGGCUAAGGACUGCAAAAGCAGGAGGCAUUGAUGGGCAGCUGCAUCUGCCUAGUGUUGAGCUACCAACUGCCAUCCCUACUGUUUGUCAUGACUUCGACAAGCAAUUGCCAUUCAAGGGCACCACUGCCGAGGUCCUCAAUCAAGAUCUGGAUGCGUCUACGAUUAUGUCCAACUUGGAUUCAACACCGGACUUUCGACGUGCUCUCUCUCUUCUGUCAACUAAUUCAUGGGGUUCGGCUCAUCCCGAACCUGCUUCUUUCAACCAGGUCAUGCAUGCAAAUCACACUAGUGUGUCUCAGCCAGCAACUCACACAGUGCACCAAGUCUUGCCACAUGCUAGCUCUGAAUACUGGCAGCCUGAACUGCUUUCAGCUGAACCACGGGCACCAUCAUUGGCCUUACAUAGCAAUGCUGGACAGUUCCAGGAGUUUCAGCUGUUCAAAGCACCUUAUGAAUCUGUCUUUCUUGACAACAAUCAUAUGCACUGAUCACUGGAAGUUUUGGUCAAAUGUACCAACUUAGUAGUCGUGGCGAAGUUGCUGUUUCCAAUCAAAGAAUGAGCGGGGAUGGAUUUCAAAGGCGGGUCUUAUAGAUUACGCCUAAUUCUUUUUCCAGUGACAAUGUGAAAUGGUAUGCAUGCUUUUGCUGUUUAUAGCAUUCUGUAAACCAUGUUUUUAAUCCCUCAGACCUUGUACCAAACCAGAACCCUGAAAAUGCUUCUUUCUUGCCUUAAAUACUCACAAUAAUGAAGCCGGGUUAUUGAAUGGAAGUAGGUUUUGCUCUC